UUUAGGCGGCUCCUGGAUGCUCGGCGCCGGCCCCGGCCCCCCCCCCCCGCCCUGAGGCCGCGGGGACGGGCUGCUCGCCCCCGCCGCGGGGGGGGGGGUGGGGGCCGACCCCGUCCCCGUCCCCGUCCCCGUCCCGGGCAGGGCGCGGAUUUUUGCCGGCGAAACUUUGGGAUUUCGGCCCCACGCUCCGAAGAUGCCGUUCCACCCGGUGACCGCCGCGUUGAUGUACCGGGGCAUCUACAGCGUGCCCCCGCUGCUGGCCGAGCAGCACCCCGUGGACAUCCCCGAGGACGAGCUGGAGGAGAUCCGCGAAGCCUUCAAGGUGUUCGACCGGGACGGCAACGGCUUCAUCUCCAAGCAGGAGCUGGGCACGGCCAUGCGCUCGCUGGGCUACAUGCCCAACGAGGUGGAGCUCGAGGUCAUCAUCCAGCGCCUCGACAUGGACGGUGACGGGCAGGUGGACUUCGAGGAGUUUGUGACGCUGCUGGGGCCCAAGCUGUCCACCUCGGGCAUCCCGGAGAAGUUCCACGGCACGGACUUCGACACCGUCUUCUGGAAGUGCGACAUGCAGAAGCUGACGGUGGACGAGCUGAAGCGGCUGCUGUACGACACCUUCUGCGAGCACCUCUCCAUGAAGGACAUCGAGAACAUCAUCAUGACGGAGGAGGAGAGCCACAUGGGCACGGCCGAGGAGUGCCCCGUCGACGUGGAGACCUGCUCCAGCCAGCAGAUCCGGCAGACGUGCGUGCGGAAAAGCCUCAUCUGCGCCUUCGCCAUCGCCUUCAUCAUCAGCGUCAUGCUCAUCGCCGCCAACCAGGUGCUGCGCAGCGGCAUGAAGUAGGACGCCCGCGCCGCGAGGAGGACGCCCACGUCCCGCAAGGGGACGCCCAAAAACCCCCCAUCGGGUGGGGGACGGGCCCCCCCCCCAACCCCGGCGCGGGGUGAGCCCGCGGGGCUGCUCGCACGACGCCCGGACCGCGGCAGAGCCGCACGCGCACACGAAACCCCGCCAGCAAGUACCAAGUGCAUGCACCGUGCAUGGAGCCCGCCCGCUGCCCCCCCCCGAGCCGGGGCGAAACGUGCCCACGGUGCCGGCCCCCCCCCCGCUGCACCACGUCCAGCCCCUGCAGCUCCGUAUUUAUGACCAAACUGACCACCCCGUAAGCAAUACACGCGCCUGAGAUGUGCUUUUUUUUCUAUUCGGAGAGGGGGAGCGUUUGCAUGGACCUCGCUGCCAAGGGCUGGAUCUCCCCCCCCCCCGCCAUGCACCCCCCCCAGCCCUGCGCCGUGCCUCGGUUUCCCCAGCUGCCAGAGGGGGCUGCCCGCACCCACCGCCGCUUGUGGCACUCCGCGAGGACCCGCUGGGAAGAGCCGCACAUCCCGGCAGCCUGGGGACCCCCCCUCCGACCCCCCCAGCCUGUAUGUAGCACCCGCCCAGGCCCUGGACCGGUUUGGAUUUGGGUCCGUUUCUCAUUCUUUGGAGUUCUGUUUUUAUUUUAUUUUAUUUCAAUUUUUUCCUUCCUGGUCGGUCCUUUCCGAUCUGAAAUAAAACCGGGAUUUCUGAACUGCUCGGCGACGCUCGGGCUCGGCUCGGGGGGCGCAGGGCCACGGGAGCACCCGUGGGUGCUGCGGCCCCGCUCUGCCGAGGCCACGCGGGACCUGUGCAAGCACCGGGAGCCGGCUUCAUUCCCCCCCCCCCCAGCCGGGCCCUGCUGUUUUACACCUGCGUUUGGUUCGUGUUUGAAGCCCCUUUGCCUUACAAAACACGCAGAACACGCAGCGUAAGUGCACGGUCACCCGGCCUCGCGGCACAGCUGGGGGGGGGGGCAGGAUCCAGCCGGUGGCACCGAGGGCCCCGGGGUCACUGUCAGGACCCCCCCCCCCCGCUCCUGGUUUAUUUAUGGCGGGGGUCUGCCCCCCACGCCCAGCGAUGCCGUCCCGCUAAUGAGAACAUCCCGCUAAUGGAAGCACCCCGGAAAUCACCUCUCCGUGCGCUCCGGGGGGUCCUGCACCCGCCUGAUGGAUAGCCCUCCCCGAGCCCCCAGACGAUGCAUUUUUAAUGGUAAAUAGAUUAAAAUAAUAAAUAAAAACACGGGGAGCUCUCGGUGCCGUUAGCAUCACGGGCACAGCUGCUUCCCUGCAGGAGGUGGCCAUCCCCGGGGCACUGGGGCUGCGAGCCGCCCGCCCGCUCCCUGCUUGGGAUGUUCUGAGCUGGGGACACCCCAGUUUGGGUGCAAAACUGCUGAAAAUGGGAAUUUCUGGGCAGGGAAAGUUGAGGCGUGCAGGGAUGGGUUCAAGGCGCGGGGAUCUCGCAGGCGAUGCCGUGGCUCGGUGCGGCGCUGCCAGGAACCAGCUGCGUGUUACUGGGGGGGGGAUGUGGGGCUGGUUGGGAUUUUUUUUUUUUUUUUUAUCUCAUAUAAUUUAUCACGCAAAUUGAACCGAACGUCCAAAUGAGAAAUGAAAAUGGGAAGCGCUCCACAGCAGUGAAAUCAUCUCGGCUGCCUCGAAAAGAGGGGGAGGCUCCGCUCCCGUAAUGAAAUUUCAUCCAUCUCCCCGCAGAAACUUUUGCUUUUUUAUGAACUGGCGUUUUCAGAGGAAACCACGUGCCCUCGGAGAUGUAUAUACACACAGAUAUAUUUAACCAGGUCUAUUAUAGAUGCUGUGAAUAAACAUAAGGAAGGCGAAAAAAA